GAUCCCGGUGUUGCACUGAUGUUCUUGCCUAACCGAAGCUCGAGCUUCAUCACUGCUCCCUCCUCUCCUUGUGCGCGCGCUUCCUCCCUAUGCGCCGCGAACCUACCGAGAGGAAAAACUGAGUGAACUGGACACUAAGCAGGCACCAUGCUGAAGGUGGUGGUCGAGUCUGCUAAAGCAAUCCCCAAAAAAACACUCGGUAACCCGGACCCCAUCGUAGCAGUCUUCUUUAAAGGUGAAAAGAAGAAAACCAAAGCUAUCACUAGUGAGUUAAAUCCUGUGUGGAAUGAGGUUCUUGAGUUCGAUUUAAAAGGUUCGCCUCUGGACUCUUCUUCAUUCAUCGAUGUGGUGGUUAAAGACUAUGAGACUAUUGGCAAGGACAAACCUAUCGGCUCUGCAAAAAUCCCUCUUCGAGAUCUGGCCAGUGGUCAAAAGUCUCUACCAUCAAGAAAUGUCCCUCUUUUCAAUGAAAAGAAGCAAGAUACAGGGGCGACUAUAAAUUUAGUUAUUGGAUACGAGCCUCCUGCCAGUACCAUUUCUAACCCAAAUGCACAAGUCGAUGGUGAUGCCAGUGCUACAGAUGCAGGUGGUGGUGCAGCUGGAAAUGAAGGCGGCACUGAAGAAACUACAGACAUGGGAGGUCCAGGAGAGCCCCUUGCUCCUGGCCAACCUGGAAAAUCUUCUCAGAAGAUCGUCCGAACAGGGCAGAAGAGACAAAAACCUCUCUCAAACAAACCUCAGGAUUUCCAGAUUCGCAUUCAAGUCAUCGAGGGUCGGCAGUUACCCGGAAAUAACAUCAAACCAGUCGUCAAAGUUAGCGUGUGUGGUCAGACCCACAGAACAAGGAUCAAGAGAGGAAACAAUCCAUUUUUUGAUGAAAUCUUCUUCUACAACUUUAACAUGCUACCUACAGAGCUUUUCGACGAGAACAUCUACAUUCGGGUUUAUAACUCGUCCUCCCUAAGAUCAGACAGUCUUCUGGGAGAGUUCAAGCUGGAUGUUGGCUAUGUCUAUGAUGAGCCUGCUCAUGCUGUAAUGAAGAAGUGGCUGCUGCUGAGUGAUCCAGAUGACUCUAGCUCUGGAGCACGAGGUUACCUAAAAGUCAACAUGAUCGUUGUGGGAACUGGAGAUGAUCCUCCGGUGAUAAAGAAGGAUGACAAUGAGGAGCAGGAUGACAUUGAGAGCAACCUGCUGCUGCCUACUGGGGUCACUUUGCGCUCAGCAACACUCUCUCUCAAAGUGUAUCGUGCAGAGGAUAUGCCACAAAUGGACGAUGCAUUUGGAGAGACCGUCAAGAACCUUUUUGGAGGAGAGGGUGAUAAGAAAAACCUUGUGGAUCCAUUUUUGGAAGUUAGUUUUGCAGGCAAAAAGCUAUGCACUAAGAUCCUUGAGAAAAAUGCAAAUCCAGAGUGGAACCAGCUGAUACACCUGCAGGUUAAGUUUCCGUCGAUGUGUGAACGUAUCAAACUUACAGUGUUCGACUGGGAUCGCUUUACAAGUAAUGAUACUGUUGGAACCACAUAUUUAAAUCUGUCCAAAAUAUCAUCAUCUGGUGGUGAAGUAGAAGCUGGGUCGCUUAAUGAAAAUGGAGCUUUUCCGGGAUCUGAGGUUGACAGAAUGGCGACUGAGGUUGGCUUUCUUCCAGCCUUUGGUCCUUGUUACCUAAACCUUUACGGAAGUACAAGGGAAUUUUCUGAUCUUCCUGAUCCAUAUGAUGAGCUCAAUUUUGGAAAGGGUGAAGGGGUUGCCUACAGGGGCAGAAUUUUUGUUGAACUUUCUACUCGCCUGGACGACAAGAUCGAAAAGAAAGUCGAAGACCUCCAUAGCGAUGAUGUCCUCGUAGCCCAGAAGUACCAGAGGAAGAGGAAGUACUCCCUGUGUGCAGUGUUCCACAGUGCAUGCAUGCUACAGGAACCUGGUGAACCCAUUCAGUUUGAGGUCAGCAUCGGCAACUAUGGCAACAAGAUGGAUUCAACAUGCAAACCGCUUGCCUCCACGACCCAGUACAACUGUGCUGUUUUUGAUGGAAAUCGAUACUACUACUUGCCCUGGGCUGACACUAAGCCGGUCGUUAUCCUAAACUCCUUCUGGGAGGAUGUCAGCCAUCGCUUGGAUUCCGUGAACAUUAUUCUCUUCAUUGCUGAUAGACUGCAAUCCAACAUUACCACACUGAAGACUGCGAUACUGGCUAACGUUACUGAGACACGGUUAGCUGAGAUCUGGCUGAAACUCAUCAACCAGCUCAUUGAAGACCUCACUAAUUACCGGUUGCCGAACAUGGACACCACAUCUAACCUGACAGCACUGGAUGUUCAAAUCAAUAAGCUACGAGACAGAGCCAUCAUCAACAUUAAAGAUGCUGCUUGCCACAUGAGGGAGGAAGCUACCGAUGUUAAAGCCACAAUUACCGACAUAGAGGACUGGCUAGAUCGCUUACAGCAGAUUGCAGAGGAGCCUCAGAACAGCAUGCCAGAUAUCAUCAUUUGGAUGCUUAGAGGAGAGAAGCGUGUGGCUUACGCACGUGUACCAGCUAAUGAGGUCCUCUUCUCCACUUAUAGCGAAGAGGCAACUGGAAAAUACUGCGGCAAGACACAGACCAUCUUCAUGAAGUACCCGAUGGACAAACAAAAAGGGGUGAAAAUUCCUGUGCAGCUUCGUUUAAACAUGUGGUUGGGCCUAGCAGCUGACGAAAAGAAGUUCAACAGCUUUGCAGAAGGAACAUUUAGUGUCUAUGCUGAAAUGUAUGAAAACCAGGCCCAAGUUUUUGGGAAGUGGGGAACCACAGGUCUGGUGGGCCGCCACAAGUUCUCUGAUGUGACAGGGAAAGUUAAGCUUAAGAGGGAGUGCUUCUUGCCCCCACGUGGCUGGGAGUGGGAGGGUGACUGGUACGUCGACCCAGAAAAGGGUCUUCUGACCGAGGCUGAUGCAGGGCACACAGAGUUCACGGAUGAAGUAUAUGAAAAUGAGAGCCGUUUUCCUGGUGGCGAGUGGAAGCCAGCAACUGAACCUUACACUGAUGUGAAUGGAGAGAAAGCACACAAACCCAGCGAGAUUGAAUGUCCCCCAGGGUGGAAGGUGAUUCAGGACUGGAGUUUUGACAGCAACAGGGCUGUUGAUGAGAGAGGUUGGGAGUAUGGUAUCACUAUUCCUCCAGAUGAUAAGCCCAGCUCCUGGGUAGCAGCAGAAAAAAUGUACCAUGUUCAUCGCAGGAAAAGAUUAGUCCGACCGAGAAAGAAAGUAGAAAAUGUCCCUGCUUUGGAGAAAAAAGAGAUGGGAGAUGGCUGGGAAUAUUCCUCUUUAAUUGGCUGGAAGUUUCACAGGAUGGAACGUUCCUCUGAUACGUUCCGGCGUAGACGCUGGCGGAGAAAGAUGGCCCCUUCCGACCGUUUGGGUGCAUCAGCCAUAUUCCAGCUAGAGGGGGCUUUGGGGGUGGACAUUGAUGAAAAAACUAGCAAAAAAGAGGCAGCCAAGCUUUUUGGUGCCAACACACCCACAGUUUCCUGCAACUUUAACAAGUCAUACAGGUACCACCUCAGAGUGUAUGUUUAUCAGGCUCGGAACCUCCUGCCCAUGGACAAAGACAGCUUUUCAGAUCCUUACUGCCACGUGUCGUUUCUACAUGUAAGCAAGACCACAGAGAUCAUUAAAGCCAACCUCAACCCCACAUGGGACCAGACACUCAUCUUUAAUGACAUUGAAAUCUUUGGAGACCCACAGGCUCUUGCACAAAAUCCACCCAGCAUUGUCAUGGAGAUUUUUGACAGUGACCAAGUGGGGAAGGAUGAAGCCAUGGGCAGGUGCACAUGUCCACCAGUGGUAAAACUAAACCCGAGCACACCGGUGACCCCAAAGCUGCUUUGGUUCCCCAUCACCAUGAAGGGCAGAAAUGCUGGGCAAAUGCUGGUGGCAGCUGAGCUCUUGCUGCAAGAUAGAGGAGCUGAAACGGAACUGCCAAUUGUGCCACCCAAAAGAGGAGGAAGUCUGUUCAUGGUGCCUCAGGGGAUCAGGCCUGUGGUACAGCUCACUGCUAUCGAGAUCUUGGCGUGGGGUUUGCGUAACAUGAAGCCAUAUCAGCUGGCUGCUGUUUCCUCCCCCAGUCUUAUUGUGGAAUGUGGAGGGCACACUGUUCAGACAGCCCUCAUCAAAAACAUCAAGAAAAACCCAAACUUUCCUGGAUCAGUUCUCUUCCUCAAAGUGCUUCUCCCCAAAGAAGAGAUGUACACACCACCCAUAGUGCUAAAAGUGAUAGACCACAGGCCCUUCGGCAGAAAACCUAUUGUCGGCCAGUGUACUAUAGACUCUCUGGAAGAAUAUAGGUGUGAUCCCUAUAUGGGAAACUCUGAAGUAUCGAGAACUGCAAAAGUGGCUAUGAUGGUAGCAACCUCUCGAGAUGUGAUCAUUAACAUAGAAGACAAAAUACCAGUUACAGGCAGCAUGCGUCCUGAAAAGGUAGAUGAAGCUGUGGACUGGUGGAGUAAAUUCUACGCCUCUGUAGGAGAACAUGAGAAAUGUGGCCCAUAUCUCCAAAAAGGUUAUUCCACUCUAACAGUUUAUGACAAGGAACUUGAGCACAUACCAGAUUUCCAUGGUUUGACAGACUUCUGUAACACAUUUAAACUGUACAGAGGAAAAACUGAUGACGGUGAAGAAGACCCUUCCGUAGUGGGGGAGUUUAAGGGUUCAUUUAGGGUAUACCCCUUAUCAGACGACCCUGGUGUCCAACCUCCUCCUCGGCAAUUCCGGGAGUUACCUGAGAGCGGGCCUCAGGAAUGCGUGGUUAGAAUUUACGUGUUGCGUGGUAUUGACAUGCAACCCAAAGACAGCAACGGCUUGUGUGAUCCUUAUUUAAAGAUUACUCUUGGAAAGAAGACCAUUGAUGACAGAGACCACUACAAACCAAAUACAUUGAACCCUGAAUUUGGAAGAAUGUUUGAACUGCCUUGCUUCCUGCCGCAAGACAAGGACCUGAAAAUCAGCGUCUAUGACUUUGAUUUGCUAAGUCGUGAUGAAAAGGUUGGGGACACGGUUAUUGACCUUGAAAAUCGUCUCCUUUCUCGCUUCAGUGCAAACUGUGGUCUUUCCCAAUCAUACUGUGUCUCUGGAGUGAACCAGUGGAGAGAUCAACUGAAGCCAUCUCAGAUCCUGGAAAACCUUGCGAGACUGAGAGGACUCCCGGCACCACAGGUUGCAGAAGAUGGCAGCUCACUAUCUUUUGGAGGACGUGACUACAACCUUCAGGACUUAGAGGCCAGUAAAACACUGCACCAGCACCUGGGUCCAGCCAAAGAGCGAAUAUGCCUGCAUGUACUGCGCAAACAGGGCCUGGUGCCUGAGCAUGUAGAAACCAGGACACUGCAUAGCUCCUACCAGCCCAAUAUCUCCCAGGGAAAAAUUCAGAUGUGGGUGGAUAUAUUCCCCAAAAGCCUUGGCAGUCCUGGUCCUCCAGUCGAUAUCAGUCCACGAAAAGCUAAAAAGCAUUUACUACGGGCUGUCAUUUGGAACACCACCGAUGUUAUCUUGGAUGAAACCAGCAUUACUGGGGAAAAGAUGAGUGAUAUCUAUGUGAAGGGGUGGAUGCCAGGUAUGGAGGAGGACAAACAGAAGACUGAUGUCCACUACAGGUCACUAGAUGGAGAUGGAAAUUUCAACUGGAGAUUUGUCUUUGGCUUUGACUACCUACCCGCAGAGCAGUUGUGUCUUGUGUCAAAAAAAGAGCACUUCUGGAGUCUUGACAAAACUGAGUUCAGGACCCCUCCCAGACUGACUAUCCAGAUAUGGGACAAUGACAAAUUCUCACUGGAUGACUACUUGGGUACAGUGGAGUUAGAUUUGAUUAACCUUAUCCCUCCAACCAAGACUUCAGAAAAGUGUAAUCUUGACAUGUUGAUCCAGCAAACAAACAAGAACUUGCCUCCCAAAUCACUCUUUGCCCAGAAGUGUGUGAGAGGCUGGUGGCCCUGUGCCAUGGAGGAAGAUGGCAAGAAAGUUCUAACUGGCAAAGUGGAGAUGACUUUGGAGAUCGUGGAUGAAAAUGAGGCAGAUGAAAGGCCUGCUGGGAAAGGAAGAGACGAACCCAACAUGAACCCUAAACUGGAUCCUCCAAACCGCCCAGAUACAUCAUUCCUGUGGUUUACGAAUCCAUGCAAAACUAUGAAAUUUAUUGUGUGGCGCCGGUUUAAAUGGCUGUUCAUUGGAAUCAUCAUUCUUGUACUAGUGCUCCUGUUUCUGGGAAUUCUGCUUUACUCUUUGCCUAACUACAUCUCUAUGAAAAUUGUGAAGCCAUUCUGAUGUAUUGCAAAAGAACAUUUUUUUAGGAUUGGGUGUCCUGUUUUUAAUACACCAGCGAUACACCACAUUACAUUAAAUUUUUAAUAGGAAACAGUUGUACAGUACUUAAAAAAUUAUUAAUUACAUACUGGACAAAAAUGAUGUUUUUGCCAAUGUUUUUGCGCUUUUUUGCUGCACUAAUGUUUUACACAAUGCAAACACUUUAAACAAGCAAAUCUGAUCUGGGGAUUUUUUUAUAGCAGUCACUUCAGCAAAUCAGUGCAAUUUCAGCCUAUAAUCUGUUGUAUAUAUUUCUAAACCUAAAGGCACUGAAUGAGACUUUUCUGCCAAAGUCUCAAUUGCUUUUCAAAUUAUAUCCAACACAUAUACAAAGAUUUCUGCAUGGUUUAUAGAAUAUAUUAAACCUUUGUUGGAUUUCUGUGUGA